AUGAUCCAAAGCAGCAUUUACUUAGCCAAGAGGGCCUGCUUCCAAAAUAAUGGAAACAAUACAGUCAUCAAUGGAGUGACCUGUCUUCAGCUUGAAGGUAUAAAACUUGACCAUUUCCAUAACUCUUUUCAUCUAGUAAACUACCAAAUUCAACUCAAAAUUGAUUAAAUAUUUUAUCAUCUCCAUUCACUCUUAAGAAUCUAAACCCACAAGAUGAUAAGCACAAAGAAGCUCCUCAAGAUGGCAAGAAAGUGGCGAAAGAUAGCAGCUGGGGGCAGGAAGAGGAUCUCUUGGCCACGACCAGUGGCCAAUGAGGGUCACUUUGUCGUCUAUACGACUGAUGAAAGAAGAUGUGUGAUUCCUUUAGAGCACCUCAAGAGCGAGAUUUUCAUUGAGCUCUUUAGAAUUGCAGAGAAAGAAUUUGGAGUAGCCAAUUCAGGGUCACUCAUGCUGCCUUGUGAUUCAGAUUUCAUGGAGUACUUGAUCUCUAUGAUCUCCAGAUGUGUAACCGAGGACUUGGAGAAGGCAUUAAUCAUGUCUUUAGCUGGCUGCAGAUCUACAUCUUUGUCACAUACACAUCAAGAACAAAUGAAUUCACAAUUUUCAAUCUGUAGUUUCUAGAAAAAUAAAAAUUAAUGGCUAUCCCUUGUGUACAAAACAUUUUAGACACUUAGACAUUUAGUACAAUUUUGUUUAGGAAGUUAAUUACUACAUAAAAAUUAUGCUGUUCAAUUUACACAGAUUUACAUUAAUUUCCCUUUUUCCUACAGUCCAAAGGAAGAUAAAAUCAUUAAUCCGGAUUACAGGGUCAAAGAACCAUAUAGCAUGGACUACUUUCACGUGUUCAUUGGUGAACACUAGACUCAUGAAUUUGGCUAACCUGUAGUUUCAAAUUUACUUUGACUACCCAUUUCUAUUUAAUGAUUGUAAAACUAUAAGCUUGGAUUCUAA